AUGGGGGGCCACGGACCGUGUCCUGACAAUCCCGUAGGUGCGCAGAUGCUCGUCGUGAACGACGGGCUCUCGACCUGCUUCGCGGUCAACCCCGUGGCUCUGGCGAGCAACAACCACCGGUUCUUAUCGAUCAAGUUCGCUUCGUGUCGGAUGAACUCGACCGUCUCGAAGAUAGUGGCGAUCCCGAUCUUGGCGCGGUCCGUCGACGGCACGAAUAGCGCUGCGCAUAAACUGAUCAAGCUCAUACCGUGGUUCACUUCGGCUUUACCACCCGGAGUGGGGUUGUAG